AUGUCGUCUCGAAAGCGACCCUUGUCGGAAUUGCACAAUUCCCAAACGCCAGCAAGAUACGCGCCAUCAACACCGCAUGCAAUUCGAGCGCUCCAGCAGCGAAGCAGUGCAAGAGCCCGUUCUGUGCGGAAGAACAGGGCUUUCAAUGACAUCGUCCGACCAGACUCGGCGAGCAGGGUACUGAGGCGGUUGGCAAAAAUUACUGCCCCCUUCACCCAAAAAACCAUACCUACACCCUCGACUGCGCGAGGAAAGGAAAACCAUGUCGGACACACUCAUGGGGAGGAGGAAGUGGGGAAUAAUAAGAGACCGCGGCUGUUUUUGGACAUAGAUGGCAGUCCGGCAGAUAUGGGACUGCCUGAUGUUGGCGAGGAAGAGGAUAGCGAGUUACCUGUCGCUCCAACACCCUCGAUAUUGCCAGAGCCAGGUGACGACCAUAAUGAAUCUGAGCGAAAUAAUCCAACAAUCACGUUUAAAUCGAUAGAUUUUGCAAGGGGCGUACAGGCUGCAUCGGAAAAGAUUGAUCGGCAAUCAUUCAGGCCUUCUUUUCCCGCUUCUGAACCGCUUGGAGACAACGAGGUGGAAGAAGACCAAACUAUUCUGAGCGAGAUCGGCAGAAGAGCCAUCAGCGAGGAACCCACAGGGCGAUUGUCGCGGUAUAGCUUUGGGAGCAUCAGAAUGAGCGACUUUGGAUCCGAACUCGAGAUUAGAAGAGAAUCAGAUCAGCAAGACCAGACAAAGACACUAAAAGGGCCGAACGAAUACAGUGGUAUUGGAGUGGACUAUGAAUCUUUGGACCUUGACGGAGUGGCGGAAAACCCGCAGAGCCUUCAAAGAUCGCCCUCCGUUCCACUGCAUGAUGAAACCACCAUGAACAUACCGCCUUUGGACGAGAGCUUCCGGCUGGAAGUUAUGGAAGAAGAAGCGGCUUCCAAUCAGACUCAAGGAAAUCAUACUGGAAACAUCCAGCCGGGUCCUUUCUUUACAGAAGACCAGGCCGUGGCCGAUCUCGAAUCUGCGACAGACGCCAUGCCUGACGGCGACGAAUCACCCAAACAGGAUGCUGUGACCGAAGAAACACUAGCAGCAGCAGCAAUCUCAUCAUCUGCAUCUCGUCGAAAGAAACUCAAGAUGACGCGACAUGGCCUGACGGUGCCCUCCCUCCCUUCUAGUCUGAUAAAGCGAGUGGCGAUCGAAGCCCAAGCCAGACUCGGAAAUCGCCGACCAAAGCUCGGUCGGGAUCAUAUGAAAGCUCUUGAGCAGGCGACAGAAUGGUUCUUCGAGCAGGUGGGAGAAGACCUGGAAGCAUAUUCAGAUCAUGCUCGGCGCAAGAAACUGGUUGACUCCCGCGAUGUCCUGAUGCUGAUGCAGCGACAAAGAGUCCUGCAAGGUGAAGGGGAUCUUCAAAAGUGUGCCCGAGAACUACUUCCGAAGGAGGCCGCGGAUGAAUUAGAUGUCGACGAUGCGUGA